AGCAGAGAGAGGAGACGAUGAUGAUGAAGAUGAAAACUCAGAGAGAAACAAAGAUGGUGCUGAUGAUGAUGAUAAAGACGAUGAUGGAGAUGCUGCCGAUAUGAAAAAGAAGAAGAGCAAGCAGAAAGGGACUUCCUGUUCAGACAGGAAGUGUGUUCCAGGAAUCCUCUACUUGGGUCACAUUCCUCCGAGGCUCCGCCCCAAACACGUGAGGAACCUGCUGUCGGUGUACGGAGAGAUCGGACGCAUCUUCUUACAACCUGAAGGUCGCGAGGUGAGGAGGAGGAAGAAGAAGUCCGGUUUGAGGAGGUGUGAUUUCACCGAGGGGUGGGUGGAGUUCAGAGAUAAACGUGUGGCGAAGCGAGUGGCAGCGUCUCUCCACAACACUCCCAUGGCGACCAGGAAACGCCAACCGUUCGCCUCCGACCUCUGGUGCAUCAAGUACCUGCACAGGUUCCAGUGGACUCACCUGAGCGAGCGGCUGGCUUACGAGCAGAUGGUCCUGCAGCAGAGACUGAGGACUGAAGUGUCUCAGGCCAAGAGAGAAACUAACUUCUACCUGAACAACGUGGACAAGAGCGCUAACAUGGACAAACUGAGGAAGAAGAGACAGAGAGACGGACAGCAGGUGGACGAGAAGACGUGGGACUUCACGCAGCGUCAGACGGAGGAGGAGAUCCAGAAGAAGAAGAAGAAGAGAGAGAAAGACUCCGUUGCCCAGAAGCACCUGGACAAAGCCCGCCUCAUACAGCAGAAGAGCCAAUCAAAUGUCUCCCUGCUGGCCAAGAUUUUCAACUCCGGUCAGUCACAGUGACAGCUGAUUGGCUGUUUCCCUGGAAACAGCAGGCAGACUGUAAUGAACUGACACGCCCCCAUUCACCAACCAAUCGCAGGCCGGUCUUGGCAGUGGGCGGAGCCAUCAUAGGGCGUAGGAGCUGCUUCUGAUCACAGUGUUAUCAUUUAGUUAUAAUCAAUAUCUGACAGAUCUUCACUGUGAUUGGUCGCCGUGACGAUAUCCUCCACGCCUCCAGGUCACUCCGACCGUAUCCCAUCAUGCUCCUCACCAGGGACUCUCAGCUCCGCCAGCUCGCUGCUUUCUGUUUCUACCCAGAAACAGGAAGUUCUCCAGCUGAUUGGAGUUUAUUGAACUGAUCAGAGUUUAUUGAUGAAUGAAUGAACUUGUUUCACAGUUUUUUGCUGACUGAAACACACCUGAACGAGCUCGUCUGAACUUAGAUGAUUUUUACUGUUUGUAUUUCUUGUCAUGAACAUUUGUCAUCAGCUGUUAAAUCACAAUAAAGAUUUAAGUUUGGA